AUGAGGCUAACUGUUGACAAUGAAGCUUUUGAAAUUGAAAAGACAAGGGUUUUUGCAAACUGGAUUUUGGAUUUAGGAGAAGGCAAGGUUGGUAGUGUGAAUGAUGGUGAGGCAAUUGUUGAUAUACAUCAUGAUCUUCUCAUUACCGAUUCAACAGAUCUUAUAUCCGCAUUAAUUGAAUUUGUCUAUCCUUCGAUUCUUGUAAAUAUCAAUAAUUCAUCUUAUUUUCAGGAAAAAGCAAUUCUUGCACCAAAGCAUGAAGUAGUUCAAGAAAUAAAUGACUUUUUGCUAUCAUUGUUUCCAGGAGACGAAAAGGAGUACCUAAGUUCAUAUAGCCUAUGUGAAUCAAAGCAACUUCACGACCCGUUUGAUAAAACUUUGUACUCACCUGAUGUCUUAAAUGGUCUUAAAUUAUCAGGUUUGCCAGACCAUAAGAUAUUACUAAAAGUCAGCGUUCCAAUUAUGUUACUAAGGAAUAUUGAUCAUAAAUCUGGCUUAUGUAAUGGAACUAGACUAUAG